AUGGCAGAGGAAGAUCUUGAAUGUGGUCGGUGGUGCUUCGUGGAGCUUCUUAGGUCUUUCUUCCUUGAUGACCUGCUCGAGAACGGGACUCCUAGAGGGAAGAAAGAUGCAGCGACCGAAUUGUCCAACCUCUGCAUUUAUCAGGGAAACAAAGGCAGAGCGGUUAGAGCCGAUAUAGUGCCUGCAUUGGUUAAGAUUCUAAGUGACUCGAGCAGCCACAGGAUGGUUGAUGAAGCUUUGACUAUACUCUCGGUCCUUGCAAGUAACCUAGACGCUAAAACAGCGAUAGUAAAAGCGAAUACUUUGCCUGCAUUGAUAGGUAUUCUCCAGACGGGUCAAGCUAGAAACAGAGAGAACGCAGCAGCUAUAUUGCUUUCGCUGUGUAAGAGAGACAAUGAGAAACUGGUGGCGAUAGGUAGACUCGGUGCGGUUGUGCCGUUGAUGGAUCUGACAAAGAACGGAACAGAGAGAGGCAAGAUGAAAGCUACGUCCUUUGCUCCUUUCAUUUUUGCUGCAGCUUCUUCAUCUUCCUCGCAGGUAAGUAAGUAA